AUGACUCUGUCUCAAUUUUUUCUGCGCCGCAUCACUGUCAACAGAAGUGUUUUGCGAAAUAUGGCUACAAAAAUUGGGGUCAUUCAAAUGACAUGCAACGCAGAUAAGCAGCACAAUUUUGAACAAGCAAAACAACUUAUCACAGAAGCAUCUUCAAAAGGAGCCCAGAUGGCAUUUUUACCCGAAUGCUUCGAUUUUAUUGGAACUUCACGAAGUCAGACAUUGAAGUCCGCCGAGCCCAUCAGUGGUCAAUUGAUUUCUGCUUAUCAAAGACUAGCAAAAGAUCUUCACAUGUGGCUAAGUCUCGGUGGAGCACAUCGCAAGGAUCAGCAGGACGAACGAAUAUACAAUACGCAUGUGGUUAUUGACGCGCAGGGUCAAGUGGCAGGUCUGUACGACAAGGUGCAUCUGUUCGACGUGAAUAUUGAUCGCANCCGAAGUAAGUCACUCAUAUCUAUUCAAUUUUCUAAUUCCAAUUUCGGGAUUACAUUGCUCUCAUUCCAGUGCUACGAUAUGCGUUUUCCAGAGCUGUCCACCUAUUUGCGUUACUCACAGAAGUCUGAUGUACUCACCUAUCCCGCCGCGUUUAGUCUGCCAACCGGCCAGGCAGGUCAUUGGCACACUCUGCUACGAGCACGAGCUAUUGAGAACCAGUGCUAUGUGAUCGCGGCUGCUCAGGAAGGAGUUCACAACGAGAAACGGAGUUCAUACGGUCACAGUUUAGUAUUGGAUCCUUGGGGCAAAGUACUGGCAGAACAGACCACGCCCGGACCUGGUUUGCUCAUGUGUGAAUUAGAUCUGACCCCGUCCGAUCCACUGCACUCUCAGUCUACCCUAACGCGAGUUCGACGUGCAAUCCCCGUGGAACAACACCGUCGGAUUGAUUUAUUCUCUUGUCCGGAUGCAGGUCAUUUAUGUGGUACGUUCAUAAUAUCCCGUUUUCCUUUAACACAACAUUGGUGA